UCUCCGUUAAGAAACUGCUGCUGCUGGUGCCCAACUCGGAAGCUCAGCACGUUGAAACAGCGCUCCAGACGAGACGAGAAGAGAAUAAAGAUGGCCACUGACAUAGACCAGGAGUUCCAGGAGUGGAAAGUCAAAUUUGAGAAGAGCUACUGCUCCCCUGAGGAGGAGGCCCGGCGUAAAGCCAUCUGGGCCGACACCCGCACCAGAGUUCUGGCCCACAAUGCGCGCGCAGAGCAAGGCCAGGAGACAUACACCCAGGGCAUCAACCACUUUGCAGAUAUGACACCUGAAGAGGUCUGCUGCUGCAUGGGGAGUAAACCAAAGGCGCAGUGCGGCUCAGGCAGUGAGGAUCAUGAUCAUGAUCACGGACAUGGACAUGGACAUGGUCACGGACACGGACACGGACACGGACAUAGCCACUAGGAGCCAUUGUCACUGCAGAGACGGUAUACCAGAGGGGCCUCUGCGAAACUGCAGCUCUGCUCAACGUUUCCGUUUUUUCAAAUACAGUACAUGAAAGCUGUUACAGUACAUGUUUAAAAGCAGAAGUCUACAGUGUCAUUAUGGGCUCUAUACACAGGUCAUUGUGUCUCUUAGCACUCCAGGGCUCAGCUCCAGCGUCUCAACUCCUUAAGUACAUGAAGUGAUAUAAAAGAGAUAAUCAUGACUAUUAUGAUUGAAAUAAUUUAAAAAAAAAGAACAAUCGCCAUCUCUGUAUCAAAGCCAAUUGAAUCACUGGUAGAGUUGAUGUAAGAAUUAAUAUCUAAUCUCAGCAAUCAAACAUGGCCUUCUCUCUCUCCAUGUGGUAUUAUUAUUAUUAUCACUACUACCAGGGCUCUAAACUAGCACCAGCCAAAUGCGGGUGAAAUUUCAGCUUGGCUGGUAGAAAAGACCAACUUACUACUAGCCACUUUGUCCCAUUUGUCAGAAUGUGUUUGGCUCGUAAGAUUAACAUCUACUGUACUAGCCAUUUUGGCUGGUGAAGAAAAAAUUAAUUUAGAGCCCUGACUACUACUACAAACCUCAUCAGCCAUCCCCCGUCAUCAGAGGUGGACAUCCUGUCAUGUUGCUUUGAUCAUGUUGCUUCUGGUUUCUCAUUUGGGUUGCAGAAUAUCAAACGCUUCAACACCAAAUGAAUAGGGCUGCAUGACAUUGUGUUUGAGUCUUGAACUUGGACCCACCUUAUGAUUGGGAUCUGGGAUUAUUUAUGUCGGUAUGCACACCUUGUUUGUUUACAAAGUACUAUUCUGGGAUGCAUUUCUCGAAAGUGUAGUUUUUAGCCAGUUAGCAACUUGGGUAGUUGUCAAUGGGAAAUUGCAUUGGAAACAACAAAGUGGCUAACAUAGUUAGCAACUACGCUUUCGAGAAAUGCAAUCCAGUUCUAUACAAUAUGUCUGUGAAGACUGAAUUGCUCCUUAUGCACAUGUAAAAUGGACAUGGAAAACUGAGAGGAUAUGAUGUGGGUAAAACUUGAUUGCACUAUUAAAUUCUUUUGAUUUGCACAACCUCA